UCGAUAAUUCCGUGGUCCGCGUCGCGUUGUAAUUUUUUUUAAUAAGCUAAUUUAAGUGGCAAGUUUGCGUGUCUUAUUAUUUUAAACAAUGUAUUAAGUGUUACUUGUCUGUUACGAGUAGCUGAACAUGACCUCAAGCAUCGAUAGUGUGCGCGUUCUGCUGCAGUCGCUGCCUGCAGCGGCCGCCUUGGGUGGCAGCAACAACAACGCCCAGCAAAUCGCCGAUCAGCAGUCACCGGCAAAGGGGCUCGGAAUACAAGCAACAACAACGCCUUUGCGCGCCAGAAAUCCAUACCAACAGCAGGCACAGACCCCGGCACCCUUCACGCCAGAAAAAGCUGCAGAGAAACCUGCAUCGGCGCCCGAGGAAUUCUGGCGCGAUCUGCAGCAGUUCCACGAGAGACGCGGCACUCCAUUGACCCAAGCGGCCAAGAUAAGUGGCAAACAUGUGGACUUGUAUAAACUCUACACAGAGGUCACCGAACGGGGCGGCUUCAACAAGGUGAACAUGCGGGACGAGUGGGACGAGGUGUACAGUGCCAUGGAGACGCUGAGAGAGCGCUGUGUCAAUGGUACGGCGGGCAUCAAGCACAUCUACCGGCGGUACCUGGACAAGUACGAGCGCCUCAACUUCUUUGGCGAGGAUCCAGACAAAAUGGAGGCUCUGGAGGCGGCCAUUGAGAAUGCUGAAAUGGGCAGCGGACGUGCGCGAUCCCGUGCAUUGGCUGGGGGCGGCGGCGGACUGGGCAGUAUGUUUGGAUCCGCUCACUCCACACUGCCAGCGGUGCCCAUGUCCUACAAUCAGCGUCAGCACAUCAUCAACGCGGACCGACGGCGGCAGUACAAGAUGUCCACACAGCUGCACAAGCACAGCAACUACGAGAAGCUGCUGCUGUCGCUGCUCUCGCCGCUGCCCAACGAGCAGGACUUUGCCAUCAAUGUCUGCACCCUGAUGGCCAACGAGGUGCGGCAUACUCUCAAGCUGUCCGAGUGCCCCAAGCUGCUGGACGUGCUGCUGGCCCAUCUGGGCGUCUACGCGGACUACACCAUGCGCAAGCUGUUCCAGCACAGCUACACCGAGGUGCGCCAUCACUCGCAGCACAACUUCUGGCGCGAUUUGCUCUACGACAAGCCGCAGGUGCUCGAGCUCUACACCGACGAGCAGGCCUGGCUGGACAAUGGCCUCAUCAGCAAGGAGGACAAUGACGAGCAGGAGAACACCACUGCUCGCAGCGAGCUGCUGGCGGCCUGCGAUGAGCUGGACUUUUUGAAUCUGCGCCGUAGCAAUGGCACAGACGAGCGCAUGGGCCAGCGCGUACUCCAGAUUGUGCAGCUCGUGCGGGCGCUCAGUUUCCACCAAGAGAAUCAAAUAUUGCUGGGCUCUAAUCGCACGCUCUGGCGGUAUCUGGUCAUGGGCGCCAACGUGCGCUGGAGCAACAUUCACAUCCAAGCGCUGGAGACGGCCGGCAAUCUGGCGGAUCAGUUUGAGCUGCAGGACCCCACCACGGACGAGCUGUCGCGGAAUCUGCUGGCCACACUCUGCGAGGGCAUCGACUCCAACGACCGCGCUGUCAUCAUCAGCUGCCUCGAGAUCAUCUACAAGCUGUGCGGCAGGGAGGGCAACUCCCAGUACAUCAAUCGCUGCCUGGGCCUGGACUUCUAUCAGCGUGCCAUGCUGCUGCUCUCGCUGACGGAUGUCAUGCUGCUCAUCUUCACCCUGGAGGCAAUGUAUGCCCUCAGCUCGCUCGGCGCCCGUCCCUGCUCGCUGCUGAUGCAAGUGCGUGGAUUGGUUGACCAACUGGUGGCUCUGAUAUCCGUCGAGGCGCAGACCUAUGGAGCUGACGGUUGCAUUUUGAUGCGCGUCGUGGAGAUGGUGCCGGGGAAUCUGCUUAAUUCCCUGACCACAAAUACCGCGGCUGCCACGGCUGCUGCUCCAACCGCCCAAGUGGUCGUCAAGCCGCCACCCGCUCUGCCCAUACCGACGCCCGCCCAGACACAGGUCCUGCAAUCGCAGACAGAGCAGCAUGUUGUGGCCAUGCCUGUGCCUGCUCCUGCGCCGGUUGUUCCGUCUCUUCCCGUGCCCAGCCUGCCGCAGGUGCAGCUGCCUCCGUCGCUGCCAGUGCCCAGUCUGCCGCAGGUUAUCCUGCCGCCGGGCGUCGUCUCCAUGGUGUCUCUUCCAGCACCACCCUCCGCGCCGCAGAGCUUCACCCACGACGACGAGCAGUACGCUCUGGCCUGGCUGGGGGCCACCUACGAGCGGGCUGGCGCUGGCCACGAGUUUCGUCUGGAGCAGCAGGAGCUGUACAGGAUCUACCUGUCGCACUGCCAGAAGGCGGGCAAGCUGUCGGUGGUCAAUCACAUGCAGUUUCCUCGCCUCGUGCGCCUCAUCUUUAACCAGACCGUGGGGCCUGUCAUCGUGCGCCACUUGGACGGCACAGAGCUGCCGGGCACCUACUACGUUGGCAUCCGAACGCGCGCCCAGCCAUUGGCCAUGCACCAGCAGAAGCCCAAUCCAAACGCAAUUCCCGUCAAGAAGGAAACUCUCAUCCUGCCCAAGCCGCAGGCGGAACCAACGGAAGCAGUCGAGGAGCCGCCGGCACCUCCCACGCCGACGCCACCGCCGCCGACCAGCUCCUCUUUGAUCAAGAGUCUCCUGGCCAACAAGGUGACCGAGCGGCAGCAGAAGCAAAAGGCGCAGGUGCUCUCCCAAUCGCCCCAGCCACCGGCCCUGGUGCCCACCACAGCCUCCGCAUCGAACGCGCCCUCCAACCAGCCCAUCAAGGUCACAUCGACGGCCAUCAGCGCCUUUGUGAACAAUCCGCUGAUGCAGCACACGCCGGUGAAGGUGGGACAGACCACGAUAAAGCCACUGCACCCUCAGAUGGCACUGGAGAAGAAGCCAAUCACGGACUCUGCUCCACCCCCACUGGCACCGCUGAGUGGUGCAAAUGUUGUGACCAAGGACGCCAGCGGACGCACCCUCAUAAUCUCAGCAGCCACCAAACGGAAGCUGACCAUUGACGAUGAGCAGAACAAGCGCCUGGCCAUGGAGAACGCCAGCGCCUCGGGCAAGGAGGAGACCCAGGUGACGCCCUCGAAGAAUGCCGCCAACUUGUAUGCGGAUCUGGCUGCCUCCAUACUGGAGGAUGAGGACUUGGACGAUGUUCCGCCACUGGCCAAGCCAAGCCAGGAGCAGCCACAGCAGCAUCAACAACAGCAACAACUGCAGCUCAUUCCGGCCAAGGUGCAGUCCACGCAACGCCAGUUGGUGUUCCCCUGUGGCUCCUCUCCCGCACCACCGCCGCAGCUCAAGCUGGCCACCACGGCCACGAUCAAGACGGAUCAGGGACUGCAGACGGUGCCAGUGAUUCUGCAGCCAAAAACCUCGAUGGAUGCCUCACAGCAGGCGCAGCAGACGACGCAGUACGUCCUCGCCACGAAUCAACAGGGCCAGACCUACCUGGUGGCCCAGCAGACACAGCCCGCCGUUCAGCCAACCUCCCAGUCGGCACCGCCCACGCUGCUGGUCACACAGACGCCCCAGCAGCAGACAAAGACCAUCAUCAUACUGCAGCAGCAGCCGAGCGGAGUGUCCGCAGCCAGUGUGCCCGGCACACAGAAGAUGAUCAUGACCACGGCGCAGGGCCAGCAGGUUCUGGUCACCACUACCACAGCCCCACAGCAGCAGCAGACACGCCCCGCCAGCCAACACCCACAGCAGCAGAUAUUCAUCACGCCCCAGAGGCCAGUUCAAACACUGGGCGCCGGGCAGAUGUCGCCAUCGCUGCUCUCGCAGCUGAACCAGAUUCCGGCAACCAUCAAGCUGCAUCAGCCACAACCGCAGCUUGCAUCCCCGCAGGUCACGGCACAGCAGCGUCUGGCUGCAGCCAAAGCGGGGGCCACAUUGCCCAUCCCACAGCUGCAGCAGCACCAAUCGAUCAUUCAGCAGCACAUCAUCUCGGGCCCACCCACGCCAAUGGCUGUCACCGGAGCUGCAGCCGUUGCUGCGCCUGGAGAGAAGCGGCAGCUAGUUCUUAGUGGCAUCAAGGAGACAACUCUCAUCACCCAAACACCAGCCACAGCAGCGCCUCUGCAGCAGAGUCAGCUCAACUCGCAGACGAUCAUCACCACACAGCCGCCGACGGCCACAGCGAUUGCGGGUCUGCAGCAGCAACAGCAGCACAUUCGCACGGUCCUAGAGCAGCAGCAGCAGCAUCAUCCAUCCAUCAUUCAGCAAAAGAUCACCAUGCCUGUUCUCCCAGAGGCAGCUAAGCCCGUGCCUGGCGGAGUCAUAACCAAGAAGCCAUUGCAGCCAUUGCAGCCACAGCUUGUGGCCGCACUGAAGCCGACGCUCUCACAGAUUGUGAUGACUACCAGCGAAUCCACAUCGUCAGCGGCUGGCAAGCCGAUUGCCGUGCUGGCUGAAUCCAAGGCUGCAGAGCACACGCAGGCGGCUGCUUUAGCCUCCACGGCCGCAAGCAGCAGCACCACCUCUGUGGUGAUUAGCCAGGUGCAGACGGCACCUCUGUACGCCACUCCGUCUGCGACAGGAGCUCCCAUCGCUGCGGCCACUGCCGUUGCCAGUGCUUCGCCUGUGCCUGUGGACGUGAAUUGGCUGUACAUCUGCGACUGGCGCAACUGCCCGCGUCGCAAGUUCAAAUCGUUGAACGACCUCAAGUAUCAUGUGGUCAAUGUCCACUGUCCGGACCAUCUGGACGCCGAUGCCGACAUCUAUUGCCAGUGGGGCAGUGGUCCCGCCUUCUGCGACAACAGGGCUCGUAGGCGCUACUCCCUGAUGACCCAUCUCAUUGAUCGCCAUCUGACGACGGAAAAUCUACGCGCCGGCGUGCAGCGUCGCCUGGCCACGGGCAUACACAAUGUGGCGCCUGCCCAGCCGCCCGUCACCAUUGUGCGGAACGAGGGACAUGCCCAGAGGCUGGCGGGAAACGCCAGCGGCAGUGCACCGCCUCCAGCGCCCGCAGCCGUUGUGGGCAGUGCGGCGAUGCAGGCCAUGAAUCGGCACACAACGGACUACACCAACUCCAAGGAGCUGAUGGACGAGAACGAGGGGCCCGUCACCAAGAGCAUUCGCCUGACGGCGGCGCUAAUUCUGCGCAAUCUCGUGACCAACACGUCGACGGCGAAGCGCAGUCUGAAGCGCUACGAGCCCCAUCUGGCCAAUGUGGCAAUGAGCAACGUGGAGGCCAGCGCUGUGCUGUCCCACAUCAUGUACGAGCUGAGCCAGUAGGAGCUGCCUGCGCCCAUAUAUAUCCUACACACAUAUAUAUAUAACUGUAUUUUUGUACCAUUCUCCCAAAUGCCCGCUUCUACAUAUUAACUAAUAACCUGACCUGUACACCUAACGACACAAUUAAA